CUCGCCGUGAUCCUCCUCUAGCUCUCUAGAAUAGUAGCUAAUUGCUUAAAUUCCUAAUAUUUAAUUGCGAUCAUCACGUCAGAACAAACCUCCAACUCUAUACCCAUCCAACUCCUAAAUACCCCACCUACUUUUACCUCCCAAAAUGUCCUUCCCCAACCGCCUUCUCUCUCCCCCAACAUGGCGCUUCCUGGGCCUCUGCCUCAUAACUACCAUCUUCAGCCUCGGAAAUUGGUGCCUCAUCUACCCCCUCUCCACUGCCGAAUCCCUCGGCGUCAUGCCCACAAACCCCUCCAACCCUUCCUCUUCCGAAGUCUCCCUCAUCUCGAAAGCCAUGGUGUUCCUGGGCGCACGCGAUCUCUGCAUCGCCCUCUCACUCUUUACCUUUCUCUAUCGGGGGAAUCAGGAGGCUAUGGGAACGGUGUUCACUUCUGCUAUUGUGAUUUAUGUGCUGGAUAUUUGGGUUGCAGCACAGGGGCCUAGGGGUUGGGAUAAGAGGGUUUGGGGACUUUGCCAUGGUAGCAGAUAUAUCCCAACGGGCCGGGUAUCCUCAAGAGACGCUCAAUGUGGUCACUUCACUGUGCCGCACAGGAAGCGCCGAAGGACCACGUUUAGACCACGAGGAAAAAGGGGGCAUACAAGAGAGGAUUUACCGCUCGCAGCGAUCAAACAACCUCCGCAAGUAUUGAAACAUUCUCUCCGGUCCUAUCAAGGUGUUGGAAGUGUCUCUACUCCAGACUCCGGAACGCAAAGUGGUUCCCGAGGCAACGUGGUAUUUGGGAUCCAUGCUGGGGGAUUGGGUUCGAGGAAAUCAGGCCUGGCGGGGUGAAUCCUGCCAUUGCAGGAGCGGCUAGAGAAGAUUAUCUGCGCUGGGAUUCAUUUCUGUUCCUGGCACUGGUCCGGUCCACAUACACCGCCGGAGCAGUCGAUGAUCUUUUGGAUAUAGUAGCCCUGUUGAGUUGUUAGGACGAGACAUUGAUUAGGCCCUCCGGACAUUGUGCCUCAGCUUCCUUGUGAAUGAUGCUCCCACGGUUUAGUGGAUGAAAUAGAAUGCUGUGUCGCUAUGUGAUAAUCCACGAAGGGGGAUCGCAAAGCACCUCGAGAUGGCUGCAAUUCAUUUACAGCCUCCAACCUUAGCUUGUAGUACAGAAUGCACUGCUCGCUGUGCUCGAAGAUCUAGACACGUUAGUUGUAGUUAGACAAUGCUUUGUGUCUCAAUCAAAU